AGGGGCGGGCCAGUCCGUGAGGGGAGCGGAGCGGGUGGUGGCCGCGGGGCUGGCAGCCAUGGGGCUAGCAGCCAUGGGGCUAGCGGUGCGGGCGGGCGUCCUGGUGCUAAUCGCGCUGGCCGGCCUGGGGGAGCCGUUUGAACCGCCGAAAGUGGAGGUGUACUCCCGCAGCCAUGCCUCAGACGGACAGCAGAACACCCUCAACUGCUUCGUGAGUGGUUUCCACCCUCCGAAGAUCGAGAUCACCCUCCUGAAGAACGGGGAGCCCAUGAGCGGCGUCAAGUACGCGGACAUGACCUUCGAUGACAAGUGGGCUUUCCAGCGCCUGGUGUACGCGCCCUUCACCCCCCAGAAGGGCGACGUCUACGUUUGCAGGGUGGCCCAUUCUGCCUUCCGCGAGCCGCAGUCUUUCCGAUGGGAUUCAGACUUCUGAGCUGUGUCUGGGAUGAUCAGAUGAUCAUGGUCUAAAAAAUUUUGCCUUGCGAGUCAAAAUCUUGAGCUGCUCUCCCUUCUUCACAUCUCACUUGAUAAGAUGAAGAGCAAUUGGCUUCGCUGCGGAAUUCCUUCUUUAAUAAAGCUUACUGCUAAAAUACAAUUUACACAAAGCAGCAUGUGAGCACGUAGGUAUAAAUGUCUGCAUUGCUGAUUUAAAAAAAAAUAAUUGUAGCUUUUCAGUGCUCUAAACUGUACACUAUUUUUAUCUCAAUAAAAUUAGAGGACUUCAGUGGGGUCCUGAAAA